CGAAUUUUUAGCCUUUACCCAGCAACUUUCAUCUUCUUUGCCGCAAUUGCAGCAAUUGUUUCAUGUUUCUAGUGGCUGAACGUUCAAUUUGGCCAUAUUUAUCUCUGUCAUCCCACUAAAAGAAUUUUAAAACGGAGAAAGCUCACAACUGAGUUCAGGUUGAAGCUCAUCGGACCGAGGUUCUGCAUCGUAAAGGUAGAAGGCAGUAAGCGAUUUUCACGCAGCAAGAAGGUGAAAAGGUUAACGGUUGUCGUCAACAGGAACCUCGUCGAGAACAUAGUAAACAGUUACGCAUUUACAAUGCAAGCACAAGCAACUGAAGGCCCCGUUACUUCAGCCCCGGUAACUGCUGCCGCCGCUGUUGGUCCGUUCAUGACACAAGACGCAGCAGAUGCGUAUGCAAGCAAGAUCGCACUCAACAAGAAACCAUUUCUUGAGUUCCUACGCACGUUCGAGUGGAAGGAACCUACUAGCGACCCCAAUCAGCAGUUUCUGGACAUCGGGUGCGGAACAGGGGAUGUCACCAGAGAGCAUAUCCUGCCCAGGGAAACGGGUGCUCGUGUCCCGCCAUGCCGACGGAUCGUGGCCGUCGACUUCUCACCCAAAAUGCUUGAGUUCGCCAAGAAACAUUUUCCCCACCCACGCAUUGAAUACAAACAGCUGGACAUAGGCCAUGACGUCGAUAAUUUCCUGGCCGAGCAUGGAACAUUUCAGCGAGUGUACAGUCUGAGGACAUUGCACUGGGCGAAGGACCAGGCCCGAGCAUUCUCCAACAUUGCCCGCCUGAUGGCACCCGGCGGAGAAUGCAUCCUGCUAUUCUUGGGUCGCUGCGAUACCUUUGAUUUUAUGCGUCGCAUGGCUCAGCUGGAGCCCUGGACGAAAUAUAGCCACGUGUUUGAAAAUGCUGUGCCAAAAACACACGAUAUUGCCGACGUGGGUAAGCUGAAAUCCUAUGUGGAGAACCUCGUAUCAUCAGCCGGUAUGGUUCUCAUCACACUGGACGUCUGGCAACGAAAAUCUUCAUUUUUGGACACUGAAAAUGCUGUGGAAAUGUUCCUGAUGGCCAAUCCGGUGUUACCCAUACUACCUGAAGAGGAGAAGGCGUCCUUUAUAGCAGACGCAAGAAAGCAUGUACCCGCGUGGCGUGAUGCAUACCAAGAGAACAAUCCACUGCCAUUCGCUAGCUUCGUUGUUCAUGCCUCAAAGCCUUAGACCCAAGUUUUCAGCCAAAUAGAAAUAAUUCUUGAGUUACUGCAAGUAUAAGGCUAAUAAAGAGUGUCGA